AUGGUGUCUAAAACUAGAAGAGGUGGCGAAAUUGCCGGUGAUUUUAUAGAGCCAAUAGGAAAUGACAUAUCUUUACUGUCACAGCUGGAGCCCACACAACAACAAAUGGGGCAGGGCGAUCCCAUACAGCCACAAUUAAGAUCAUUUCUUUCGGUUGACCUCCAUCUUUGCAGACUCACAACAGCUUCAUCCAUGGCAGGAGCUUUGGUUGGUGGUGCUUUUCUCUCUGCCUUUCUUCAAGUGGCUUUUGACAGGCUGGCUUCGAGUAAUGUUCUGGACUUCUUCAAGAAUCGAAAGUUGAACGAGACGCUGCUCAGUAAGUUGAAGUCGGUGCUAUUAUCUAUUGACGCUGUAGUUGACGAUGCAGAACAAAAGAAGAUUGCUAAUCCAAAGGUCAAGGAUUGGAUUGAUGUGGUCAAGGAUGUCAUGUUCGAUGCUAAGGAUGUCUUGGAUGAGAUUGAUUAUGAAGUGACCAAGUGCAAGGUGGAAGCCGAGCUUCAGACUCAAACCAGUGUUGCCCGCAAGGUACGAAACUUCUUCAAUCCUUCUGUUAGUUCACUUAAGAAGGCAAUUGAAUCAAGGAUGAAAAACGUGCUUGAAAAACUUGAAUAUCUUGCAUCUCAAAAGGGUAUAUUAAGUUUGAAUGAACGUGGUAGUGGUGCUGGGUUGAGAAGUUCAGUAGCAGAAAGAUUGCCUACAACAUCAUUGGUUGAUGAAACUAGCACGUAUGGUAGAAAAGAUGAGAAAGAAAAAAUUAUUGAAUGGUUGCUAACGGACAAUGAUAAUAGUCAACUAUCUGUCAUUUCUAUAGUUGGUAUGGGUGGGUUAGGGAAAACUACUCUUGCACAGCUUGUUUAUAAUGAUAGGAGGGUGAUGGAUAAAUUCGACCUCAAGGUUUGGCUCUGUGUUUCUGAAGAGUUUGAUUUAUUGAGGUUAACAAGAACAACUUUGGAGGCAAUUGCUGCGUCUAAGGAUGAUAGUAACAAUCUAAAUAUGCUUCAAAUCAAACUGAAGCAAUCAUUGACUCAGAAGAGAUUUCUUGUCAUUUUAGACGAUGUGUGGAAUGAAGAUUAUCAGUUAUGGGAGGCCCUGCAAUUACCUUUCAGUCAUGGGGCUCCAGGAAGUAAAAUUCUUUUGACCACCCGUAGUAAAAAAGUUGCUUCAACCAUGUGCUCAACUGAAAUGCUUCCCUUAGAGCUCCUCUCACAAGAAGAUAGUUGGUUGUUGUUCAGCAAAUAUGCAUUCCGCAAUGCAGAUGUUCUUCGUUCAAACUUUGAUCUUGAAGAUAUUGGUAGAAAAAUCAACAAAAAGUGCGGACGGUUGCCCUUAGCUGUGAAAACCAUUGGGAGUCUCUUGCACACAAAAAUAUCUCAUGAGCAAUGGAAUGGAAUUUUAGAAAGUGAGUUAUGGGAGAAGAGUAAUAGCAAAAUUCUCCCAGCUUUGAGAUUGAGCUAUAGUUACCUCCCCUCUCAUCUCAAAAGAUGCUUUGCAUAUUGCUCAUUAUUUCCUAAAGAUUAUGACUUUGGCAAGGAACAGCUAAUUCAGUUGUGGAUGGCUGAAGACUUCGUACCAUGUGCUCAUCGAAGCAAAGAUGCUAAGGAAAUUGGAGAACAAUUCUUCCAUGAUCUAUUGUCGAGAUCUCUUUUCCAACGAUCCACUGUAGAUGAAAUGCAUUUCAUCAUGCACGACCUUAUAAAUGAUUUGGCAAAAGAUGAAUACGGAAAAUUUUGCCAUAGGUUAGAGGUGGACGAAGCAAAUAACUUGACAGAAAUGACACGCCAUGUUUCAUAUUUAAAAGAUGUGUAUGAAACUCCCAGAAGGUUUAAGCACAUUGUGGAAUUGCCUGAUUCAAUAGGAAACCUUAAACAUAUACGAUAUUUAGAUUUAUCAGAAACUCAAAUAAGGAAAUUACCUGAUUCAAUUUCCCAGCUUUAUCAUUUACAAACAUUAAAGUUAUGGCGUUAUCGUUAUUUCGAAAAGUUACCGAUGGAUUUGCAUAAACUCAUGAAUUUAAGGCAUCUUGAUUUUCGUGAAACUGGGGUGAGAGAGAUGCCGAAGCAGUUGGGUGAAUUGAAAAAUCUGUUGGUAUUGUCAUCAUUUAUUGUGGGCAAAUGUGGAGAGACUGACAUCAAACAAAUACAAGAACUAAAUCUUUGUGGAUCAGUUUCCAUUUUAGAGUUGCAAAAUGUGAUUUUUCCAGCUGAUGCUUCAGGAGUCAAUUUGAAAAGUAAGAUCUACUUGGAGAAGUUAUCGUUAGAGUGGAAUGUGAACCAUGAAAAUUCACAUGAUAAGGAUGUGCUAGAGAAGUUGCAACCUCAUCAAAACUUAAGAAAACUUUCAAUUAGAAAUUAUGGUGGCAUCGAGUUUCCAAAUUGGUUUACGGGUCUUUCAUUUCCCAACAUCGUGUCCCUAAAGCUGAGGAAUUGUAACAAUUGUUCAUCCUUACCAUUGGCAACCCUCCUUCCAUCUCUCAAUUCACUGUCAAUUAUAGGGUUUGCUAAUCUAGUAGCGAUUGGUCCUGAAUUUUAUGGAAAUAACUUGAAUACACCAUCCUCAGAAAUCUCCUGUGCUUUCCCGAAUCUUCAAGAGUUGUCUGUAGAAGACUGUCCCAAACUGGAAGGGCACCUUCUUCCACGAUUUCCUUCUUUGAGGACGCUGGCUAUUGAAAAUUGCGAGAAACUUGUGGCUUCACUUCAAUGCGCUCCAUCUCUUCAUAAAUUGGUUCUAGAACAUUGUGCAAAGGUGCAGUUGGAACGUCUUCCAUCAACUUUAAAAGUUCUCCACAUUUCUGGAUACUUCACAGAGAUCUUAUCAAUUCAAAAGAUUAAGAAUACCAUUGCCAAUUCCAAUCUUGAAAAGUUAAAUUUUUCUGAUUGUCCCCGCUUGGAGUUCCCAUCUCGCUAUUGUCAUAACUUCAUUAUUAAAAUUUGCAUAAUAGGAAGCUGCGACUCUCUUAAGUCUUUUCCACUGGAUUUAUUCCCCAAGCUUCAGACAUUGAGGCUGUGGGACUGUAGUAAUCUUGAAAUGAUAUCUUUUUCAGAGGGACACCAUGAGUUUCUUUUAAGGUUGGACAUAGUAAAAUGUCCUAAAUUUGUGUCAUUUCCCAGAGGAGGGUUUUCGGCCCCAAAACUACGACGCUUUUUCAUUGACCAUUUGGAGCAUUUGAAAUCACUACCUGAGCGUAUGCACAUUCUCUUUCCCUCGCUCACAUAUUUACGUGUAGAAAAUUGCCCACAAUUGGAAUCAUUUCCAGAGGGAGGUUUGCCAUCGAAUCUCCAGCUGUUUGGUGUCGAAGGAUGCUCGAAACUCAUAGGCACUCGAAUUGGAUGGGACUUGAAUGGUCUUGCUUCUCUAGAUGACUUGUCGAUUGGAGAUGCAAAUGAUGAAUCUCUUCCUGAUAUAGGACUACUACCCCCUACUAUUAAUUCCCUUUGGAUCUCUAACUGCCCAAAUCUUAGAACAUUGGAACACAAAGAUCUUUGCCACUUGUCCUCUCUCCAACAUUUGCAUCUUUUUGACUGUCCUAAACUUCAAUAUUUGCCGAAGGAGGGCCUGCCCAGUUCCCUUAUUCAACUAGGUAUUAGGGGUUGUCCCUUGCUCAAAAAGAAGGUCCAAAAACAAAAGGGCAAAUAUUGGGCAAUGAUUUCUCACAUCCCUUUAGUUAAAAUUGACCGUGAUGUAGUCAAUUGGAGUGAGCUUCUGAAUGACAAGCGCAUCAAUUUCAUCCCUCGUAGUUUGUCAUCAGCUAUCUACUCCUUUUUUUCUUUUCUUGAAUUUCGAAUCAUGGAAAUUUUUGUUCUUUUUUUCUUCCAAUGA